CACGGGCCACAGUUGGGCGAGUGAUUUCAUAGCGUUAGCACACGCAAUCCAAAGUGUACCGAGGUGAAUUUCGCUAGACAAAGUCAGAACAAACACACACACAGAGACACUCCCUUUCAGCUCUCAGACAAAGACUUGCAGUGCGUGAGUGCGUGCCUUAAAGUGAACCGACGAGUGAAUUAGUGUACAAAAACAAAAGAAAAAGAACUAAAACUAAACGAAAAACAAUUGUGCAAAAACAUUACAACAUUUAUCAUAAAGAAGUGUGGCAAUAAAAAGCCGAAUCAAGUUAGUGCUAAUAAGCUGAGUGCGCAGGACUGCUUGAACACACACACACACAAAGAAGUGCUUUCGAAUAUUAUUUUUAUCAACAUUUGCUGACACCCAAAAAUUUACAACAACGUUGGCCAAAAUGAAGUUAAGACUCUUACGUUGUCUACGUCAUACGAAGCCGCAAGUGCCGGACGAGUUCCACACAACGCCGCAGGAUGUGGAGCAGCAGUUCACCGAGGUGCGCAAAUCGUUUCGUGAGGCCGUGAAAAUUUUGCUGCUAGGCACAGCGGAGUCCGGCAAGACGACGAUCAUCAAGCAAAUGCGCAUUCUGCACAUAAAUGGAUACACAGACGAAGAACGCUGUGACAAAAUCCCCGAGAUAUACCAAAACAUCCACGAAUCCAUCUAUCAGCUGGUGCAGCACAUGUCCAUAUUGGGUAUCCAGUAUCAGAGCAUAGCGAGUAGAAAGUGCGCAGACUAUAUACUCUCAAUGGGCGAUCAAGCGCCGGAAUACAUGAAUGAGGAAUAUUGCGAUCACAUAAUAACUCUGUGGAACGAUGUUGGCAUUCGAACGUGUUUCGAACGCUCCAAUGAGAUUCCACUGCUGGACAGCACGAAAUAUUUCCUCGACAAUUUCGAACGCAUCUCCGACCCCGAAUACAUACCAUCCACCGAGGACAUAUUGCACAGUCGCAAGAUCACCACCGGCAUACAUCAGAUCACAUUCAAGGUGAAGGUGCCACGCACCAUGGGCGGCGGUGUGCAAGAGUUCCGCAUGUACGAUGUGGGCGGUCAGCGCGACCAGCGCAACAAAUGGAUACAGGUCUUCGAGGGUAUACAAGCUGUGCUCUUUCUCAUUUCCUGCGGUGACUUUGAUCAGAGUCUGCGUGAGGACCCGCGUCAGAAUCGUCUGCAAGAGGCGCUCAAUCUGUUUCGGAGCGUAUGGCAAAAUCGCUUUCUCGCCUCCGCCGGUUUCAUAGUCUUCCUGAACAAGCAGGACGUGAUGGAGCGCAAGAUACGCGCUGGUAAGCAUAUCGUCGAUUACUUCCCAGACUUUGAGGAUUUCUGCAAUUCCCCGCAAGAAGGCAACUACUUCGAUGAGUCGGAUUGGACGAAGCGCUUCAUACAGCACAAGCUCAUCGACAUCACGCAUGAGCCGUUCAAGCGCAAUUCUCGAAAUAACAUUGACUACUCGAGGCGAGAGUGCUACUAUCACUUUACCGUCGCCACCGACACGAGUUGCGUGCGGAAGGUCUUCAACGACGUACAUCAGAUGAUUCUGCAUCAGAACAUGAAAUUGAUGGGGCUGCUGUGAUGAGACUGUACAUUUAGCACGAAUGCGAGUUCGUGAAACGCAAAUAUUAUAAUUAAUAUAGUCGUAGUGUGAGUUCAUAAGUAGAUAAGUACAGAGUUAAUUUAACGAAAGCAUAGUAUUUUGAUUAUUGUAAAUAUAUAUAUAUAUAUAUGUUAGUAUUAGGUCCGUGCCGAAUCUUUGCAUUUUGAAUAAGCGCCAGAAUUUAGUGAAUUCCUAUUCUGUAACUGUGAUUUUAAUAGGGAUAUUUAUUGUAAGCACCACAAGUAGUUUUAGCAAUCGAUUUUUCUACCGAAAUUUGUAAUAACUUAUGAUUAAUAGCUUAAAUAAUUGUGAGCAAUCAAAUAGUGUGUCCAAAAAUAUCGGGUUUUACACUCUUUCGAUUUUUGCAUUUUCGCCAAAGCUUGUAAAAAAGCAUUAAAACGACUUUUGGAGUUUUGAAAAAAUAAAAAUAAAUUAUUACU